GUUUUCCAUAAUGUUUAGGUGCCAGUCUGCUAGUUAAUGUAAUACCUACUAUCAUGUCGGGUUUAAUAAAAUUUGCUGCCAAUAGAACACCACUCCAACAAUCGUCCAAAGUUCUGUCAAGAAAUUUGAAAUAUUAUUGGUCGAGAAAAUUCAGUGCGGCAACCCGUCAUGCACAGAAGGGUAAACCAUACGGAGAUGUUGUUGUCGGAGUUCCUAAAGAAACUUUUAUGAAUGAGAAGAGAGUUGCUUUAUCGCCUGCUGGUGUUCAAACCUUGAUAAAAAUGGGAUUUGGUGUGCAAAUAGAGUCUGGUGCAGGAGAUACGGCUAAAUUCUCCAAUUCAGAUUACACAAAUGCAGGAGCAAAAUUAACAGAUAAAAAGAGUGCAUUUGCAUCCGAUAUAGUUCUCAAGGUUCGUGCACCUUCGGCUGAAGAAAUUUCACUGUUGAAAGAAGACAGUACAUUAUUCAGUAAUAUUUAUCCGGCACAAAAUCCAGAUUUAUUGAAAAAACUCAGUGAAAAGAAGUCGACUGUAUUUGCAAUGGAUCAAGUACCAAGAGUUACAAUAGCCCAGAGUUAUGAUGUCCUGAGUUCUAUGGCAAACAUUUCAGGAUACAAAUCAGUUAUUUUGGCAGCAAAUCAUUUUGGACGUUUCUUCACAGGUCAAAUUACAGCAGCAGGAAAAGUACCACCAGCGAAGAUACUUAUCAUUGGAGGAGGUGUUGCUGGUCUUGCUGCUGCUGGUACAGCAAAAUCCAUGGGGGCUAUCGUUCGAGGUUUUGAUACAAGAGAGGAAGCUUUGGAACAGUUCAAAUCUCUCGGAGCUGAACCAUUGAAAGUUGAUUUUGAAGAGUCAGGUGAAGGUACAGGGGGUUAUGCCAAAGAAAUGUCAAAGGAAUUUAUCGAAGCUGAAAUGGCUUUAUUCGCUCAACAAGCCAAAGAUGUGGACAUUAUUAUAACCACUGCACUUAUACCUGGCAAGCCAGCACCGAAACUAAUUACAAAAGCCAUGGUGGAUUCUAUGAAGGACGGUUCAGUCAUCGUUGAUUUAGCGGCAGAGGCUGGCGGAAAUUGCGAAUACACGAAACCUGGACAAUUAUUCGAACAAGGAGGUGUAAAGAUUAUUGGAUACACAGAUCUACCAAGUCAACUUCCCACUCAGUCAUCAACUCUUUUCUCCAAUAACAUGGUCAGACUAAUCAAAGGAAUGAGUCCUGAUAAAGAAAUAUUUGACUAUCAAUACAAGAAUGAAUAUGACCAUGGAAAUAUUGAUCAUGUGGUGAGAGGUUCUUGCGUCGUCAACAACGGUGAAAUCUCAUUCCCUCCACCACCUCCUCAAACUAUGCCUGAACCCCCAAAACCUCCUGCACCCAAACCAGAAGUUGCCGUUGUGGAACCACCGAGUAAUUUCCAAAUCACAAUGAAAAAUAAUGCCCUCAUUACAUCAGGUCUUGCUGGAAUCGUCGGUUUAGGAGUUCUAUCUCCCACUCCCGCUUUUACUCAAAUGGUGACAACUUUUGGGGUUAGUGUGAUUGUGGGUUAUCACACUGUCUGGGGCGUUUCUCCAGCUCUUCAUUCACCACUGAUGUCCGUCACUAACGCUAUUUCUGGUCUGACUGCAGUAGGAGGACUUGCACUAAUGGGACAAGAAGGGGUUUCUGGGACACCAUAUGCCCUGGCAGCAGCAUCAGCUUUCAUUUCUACCAUCAAUAUUAUUGGAGGUUUCAUUGUGACCCAGCGUAUGUUGGACAUGUUCAAAAGACCAACUGAUCCACCUGAAUAUAAUUAUCUUUACGGCAUUGCUGGUGGUGCAUACUUGGCUGCUUAUGGUGCGGGAUACAUGCAGGGAUAUACAGACCUUCAUCAGAUGAUGUAUUUUGCUUCUGGUCUGUGUUGCAUUGGGGCUUUAUCUGGGUUAUCUCAACAAUCUACUGCUCGUUUGGGUAAUGCCCUUGGUAUGAUUGGUGUGUCAGGUGGUAUCUUAGCUACACUUGGUCAUCUAAACCCCAAUAGUGCGUUGCUCGGCCAAAUGCUCGGAGCUAUGUCUGUCGGAGGUGUUCUUGGUGCAACUGUCGCGAAGAAGAUUCAAAUCACUGAUUUGCCACAGCUAGUUGCAGCAUUCCACAGUCUCGUAGGCCUUGCUGCCGUCAUGACAUGCAUCGCUGAAUUUAUGAUCGAGCAACCACAUCUUGCUGACAAUCCAAUGGCAAAUAUGAUCAAAGUUGUUGCGUACUUAGGAACCUACAUUGGAGGUGUGACAUUCAGCGGAUCCCUGAUCGCUUAUGGAAAACUACAAGGUCUUCUGGAUUCCGCUGCUCUUCUUUUGCCCGGUAGAAAUCUCAUAAACAUCGGACUUCUUGCUGGUAGUUUUCUGCCUAUCAUACCAUACAUGAUGGAUCCAUCUAUGACCACUGGUUUAAUGGCUCUCGGCACCACUGCAACACUUUCCACUGUUAUGGGUGUAACGCUGACAAUGGCUAUUGGUGGUGCAGACAUGCCUGUGGUUAUCACAGUGCUUAACAGUUAUUCAGGAUGGGCUCUGUGUGCAGAAGGAUUCUUACUCGACAAUAACUUGUUAACAAUCGUCGGAGCUCUCAUUGGAUCUUCUGGAGCAAUUCUAUCAUACAUUAUGUGUGUGGCUAUGAAUAGAUCACUUGCUAAUGUUAUCCUUGGAGGAUAUGGAACAUCAAGUACAGGAAAAGGUAAACCAAUGGAAAUUACCGGAACACACACAGAAGUAACUCCUGAUGACACUGUUCAGUUAAUCAGAGACGCCCAGAAUAUUAUUAUCGUGCCAGGGUAUGGAUUGUGUGUUGCAAAAGCGCAAUAUCCAGUUGCAGAUAUGGUUGCAAAGUUGACAGAAGCUGGAAAGAACGUCAGGUUUGGAAUUCACCCAGUAGCAGGCAGAAUGCCAGGUCAAUUAAACGUAUUGCUUGCCGAAGCUGGAGUUCCUUAUGAUGUUGUUUUGGAGAUGGAGGAAAUUAAUGACGAUUUCCCAGACACCGAUCUUGUUCUUGUUGUUGGAGCAAAUGACACAGUCAAUUCAGCAGCUCAAGAAGAUCCAAAUUCUAUUAUUGCUGGAAUGCCUGUACUUGAAGUAUGGAAGUCUAAACAGGUUAUUGUCAUGAAGAGAACUCUUGGUGUUGGUUAUGCAGCUGUUGACAACCCAAUCUUUUACAAAGAAAACACAUCCAUGCUUCUCGGAGACGCGAAAAAGACGAUGGACUUGUUGCAAGCAUCUAUCAGUGAAUCGGCUGUCUGAACUGAUAUAAGUAAUAAAGUAAAAUGACACACAUUCUUUUAUCUCUUUUCUCUCUUUUAGGACCAUAUUUUACAAACCUAUUUAUUUCUCUGGCUUGAAUGAAAUGUUUGAAUGCUAUUCUUAAAAUCAUGUUGAAUUUCAACUUUGGUACCAAACAAAUUGUGCCUAAUUUAUCCCUUUAUCAUGGUUAGUAUAAUAUGAUAAGAUGUAAUCCAGAGAUGAUAUAUACAAAACAAAGUAGGCAUAUUUGAAUUCAUAUCUUAAUUUUGUCUUCAUCAGUGUUUUGCCAAACUUUACUCUAGGUUGCCAGCCAUUUUCUCUCCGUAAUAUCGCAUAUCAAUGAAUUUUUUACCUGAAUUUUUUCUCGUUAUUGAGGUUUGUAGCGUGUGUCAAUGCCCAGAAAUGAAUCUCUUCUUGUGUCGUUUUAGAAUAUAAAUGUAUUUUUCGAAACAAUUUUAUCAUGGAAGAAUGUGUAUUUUAUCACCAUUGAAUCAUGUAAAGUUUAUCUGAAAUAGAUGACAAUUCCAUGUUUCAUUAACUCCUAUACAUCAGAUAAAACAAGCAUUCAGGUCUUUGAUCACUUUUCUAUCUUGGGUGUGUUUUCGGUUCAUACACAGUCGCCAUCAUACAGAAUGAAUACUCAGUUUGCUCAGUAUGAGCUAAAACAACCAGUUGUGAUAAUUAUAAUUUGUGAAUCCUUGACAGUACUUUCAAAAUUUGUCGAACUUGAAUUAUUCAAACCACUUGGUAUUACUAAUAGUUGCUUCUCUUCUAAAUGACUCGUUAUUAAAUUGAGGAGAUUGUUUAUAAAAUUUGGGAAUCUUUUUUGUAUAACGAAGGUAUAGUAUGGUUCAGGGGUGUAACAUCCGACUCUAGACCAACCCCAACACAAUUUUCAUUUUAGACCCUCAAGACUAGUCCCCCCUUGGGAAAUUCCUGGCUACACCCCCUGGUAUGGUUCGAACCAGUCCUAGAAUCGUUUCCUCAAGAACUGACAAAUAUUUCCUGAUUUGAGGCAUUAAGUGCUUGUAUGUAAAUGUCCUUCGUGCCUUUUUCCUUUUGAACUUAUCUGUGUUUCUCAAUUGAUCAAAGAUGUAAUUAUUGAGAUCCAGGAGUGUAAAUCUAUGAAUUCUUCUUAUUUCAAAGGUUAUCUGGGUGUUUGUUUUUGUCAUGAAAAAGUGUGAAAAUAUAAUAUGGAGUUAGUAGUGAAUCUGAAAUAAAUUAUUUUCAAGAA